AUGAAAACAAUGACUUUGCUGCCCAGUUUUCUUCUAUUAAAUUUUCUAUGCAUCUGUUUUGCCGCUGAUCCUUUGGGGGAUUAUUGUAACAAAGGCACUAGCAUAAGCGGCAGUAGCCAGGUAUCAGCUAAUAUUGAUAAGUUGUUAGAUGAACUGGUUUCCAAAACUUCCGAAACUGGUUACAUUGCUACUUCCUAUGGUGAAGACCCACACAAAGUCUAUGGCCUGGCACAAUGCAGAGGAGAUGUCAGCAGCAAAGAUUGUUCAACUUGUAUACAAGAUGCAGCGAAGCAAAUUCGCGAACGUUGUCCAGAUGAAGCUGAUGCUAGGAUUUGGUAUGACUAUUGCUUUCUACGAUAUAACGAAGAGAAUUUUGUUGGGAAAGUUGACACUGGUUAUGGUAUAUUCUACUAUAAUGUUGAAAAUGUAACAGAUCCUGAAAGUUUUAACAGAGAACUAGGAGCUUUAAUGGACAAGAUAAGAUCACAAGCUGUUUUGCCUAAGAAUGAAGGGCUUGGGAAAGGCAAAACUACACUGUCAUCAUUUCUGACUCUUUAUGCUUUGGUGCAGUGCACAAGAGACCUAGCUCCUAUUAAUUGUGCUCAGUGCCUGGCCAUUGCUAUUGGAAAUUUUCCUAAGUUUUGCGACAGCAGGAAGGGAUGUCGAGUUCUAUAUAGUAGUUGUUACGUUCGCUAUGAACUCUAUCCAUUUUUCUUCCCUCUUGAUUCAAACAAUACCCACCCUGAUGCUUCAAUCAAGACAAUAGUUUAUCCAUAGAUAUUCCAGUCCUAGUUUGCCACAUCAAAACCAGUUUCUUCUGAGAAAAUGAUGCAUGAUCUUAAAGACAAUUUUAUUUCAAUCUGUAAUUUUAUUUAAGUUAUGUACAUCAGAUCAAAUAAGCAUAAAAUGCUACAGAGCGAUCUCUAUUAUCAAUAUUUACAAUAUGCUUUUUCUGUUUCAAAUC